UUCAUUUCAUUCACCAUCAUUGAAAAAAAAAUCUAGUUCUGUUCUGUCACGAAAUUGUAUUUAUUUAAUUUUAGCCAAUGUGUUACAUUACUUUUGUUGCUUUAUAAUAAUAGAUUUAUAAUUAAAUUUCAAUUGUUUAGCGUUUAUUAACUGUGCUGGUUAUAUAAUAACAACGAUAAACAUGUUCUAUGUGUGUUUGUAAUCGGCCACAUAGUUUACUUCGACGCAGCACGAUUGUCCCAGUCUGGCCAUUAGUGAUAUUUUUCACGGUGUUCCGUGUCCCGCGAUGUGGUUUAGAUAGUAAAUAAUAAAGUGGUACGCGUGUGAAAUGUCCCAACAUGGAUGCCCAGAGAGACUGUCGAAUAGAUCGAAGGGUUUCCCGGAUGAGAGCGCUGGGCAGGCCACGAUGGAAGUGCUGGUGGAGACCCUGACGGGCACCGCGUUCGAGAUGACGGUGUCGCCCUCCGACACUAUCUUCGCGAUCAAGUCGAAGAUCUUCAGGGUGGAGGGCAUCCCAGUCUCCCAACAGCACCUAGUCUACAACCUGAAAGAGUUAGAAGACGCGGCCUCGCUCCGCGCGCUCGGCAUAUCGGACGGCGCUCGCCUGCGUCUCGUAUUAGGCAUGCGAGGCGGCCCCAUAUCUACGCGCCGUCUACCCCCACCCCCCACUGAGCCGUGGAGGGAUAUCGAGCGACUGUUAGACUCGAACAGAGAUGAAGCCUGGUCCCACAGCGGUGCAGGAUGCAAAGUCACCGUACUGGUGUUCCGAGACGGCGAGCGCGUCAACAUGCUCCGCGUGCGGGAGAACAGGGACGGCUCCAUACAACACCGAGACCACGACUAUGCGUCACCCCUUUGUCACUCCACGGAGCCAACAGCAAGAGACACCGCAACAGGCGGCGCGCGUGACAAUGCCGUCACUAUGAACAAGAUGAUGGAACUCCGGAGACGGAUGGAGACCCUCUCCGUACGGCGACGUGCAGACUCCAAAGCGGAAAUCCAAAAGACCCGCUCCGAAGAAACUCUAUCCGUCCCCUCUCUCCUCGACGACGGCGCCUACCGCGCCUGCACGCCCGCCCUCUACGACGACUUUCGCGACGGACGACUGUUUGACGAUUGUCGCGACGGGAGGCUGUUCGACGAUUGUCGCGACGGACGAUUGUUUGACGAUUGUCCGAGGGAUGUAAGACUUUACGAAGAUUGUCCAAGAGAAGGGCGGUUGUACGAAGAUUGUCCGCGGGACGGCCGGUAUACGAGGCUGGAUCUUGACUGUGCCUUUGAUCGUUACACGCUGCUACCGCCUAUAGGCAGCAGAACAGAUUCCGACCAAUCCGUCGACAGGAUCCAAGAGGUCGACAGCGAGCGUCUCAUGUCCGACGCUCUCGCCGGCUCCAUACUUGUGAAGAGGAGGGACAGAGAGGAAGAGGCUAUACUGGAGGAGUGUCUAGAGGGUGUCGAGAGUUUGAGGGACUCUCCGCAGCUGGCUGCCGGGGAUCUUGCGCCUAUACCUGCGGCUGAAUAUGGUCCGCUGGUGGGCGGCGGGUGGCGCGCGCGGCCGUUCGGGUCGCACGGGCAGCUGGCGCCGCCCCCCCUCCCCCUCCCCCCCCUCGCGCCGCUCGGCGCCGCCGCGCACUCCGCCUCGUCGCUGCAGCUGCAGCCGCACCCGCCGCUCGAGGACGCGCUGUUCAGCUCCUCCACCAGCGACCUGGAGACCUUGACGAGGAACAGGAUGCUCCCGCUCAGCAGGCACCGAAAUCGCGAGCACCUGCACCUGAGCGACGAGGGCCUCGACGUGUCGCACCGGCCGCGCAACCUCGAGGUGGGCAGCGAGCGGCGACAGAGAAGGAUCAAGAAGAUCGCAGAGCUGGAGAACUCUAGACUGUUCCGGUUUGGGGACUCGUUUGAGGACGUCGUGCAGGAGGUGGAGAAGGAGCCAGAAAAGAAGGAAAUUAAGAAGAUAGCCAGGAUACGGUGUGGAUUCUGCAAGAAGCGGCUCAGCAUCGCUACCGUGCACAAGUGUCGCUGCGGGGCCGAGUUCUGCGCCCCGCACCGGUAUGCUGAGGUGCACGGGUGCCUGUACGACUACAAGGCCAACGCGCACCAGUACCUGCAGCGCGCCAACCCGCUCGUGUCCGCGCCCAAGCUGCCCAAGAUAUAGCCCGCACCCCUCCACCUCCACCCCCGGGACAUGUGUCCACACACGACCACUCCAUGUAUACAAGGAAUUACUUUACCACUUCUACCACGUAUCUCGUCAUAGUGACCAUCGAUAUGAAAGCUAAUCUCAUAUUAUAGUCACUGUGUUAAGGUAAUAAGUGGCAUAGAAAAAAAUUGCACGUACAGUCCGCUAAAGAAGCAGGUAUCUGAUUAAUAGUCUAUUCUGUUUGAAUCUUAAAAGGAAUGUAAAUUCCAUACAUACAUUUUAUAUCUAUAAAAAUAUUGGCCGAAUGACUUCACCGAAGUUUCCAAAUCAAAUAUAACAAUGAUCCCAUUAUACAAUAAUAAAAAUGUUAAAUACUAAAAAUUAAUUUUCGCGACGCAGUUUUGGAAACCGCCAAAAUAUCAUACCCUUAUUUUUUACCUAUGAAAAAUCGAGUAAUAAACUAAAAAGCACAAUGUAAAUAUUAUUACACUAGUAACACUAGUCAAAGAAAUUUGAACCUUAUCCAGUGCCGUAACCAGGCGUGGCUCACUCCGAGAUUUCGUCGCUUUGCUACAGGUAGCUAAAAGUACAUCCGUUCCACACCAAUUUUGGUGGCUAGCCAUAAGCCGCGCGUGGCGCUGUAGCGACCUAGCGGCCAUAUCUGUCCUGAUCGUAACAGACGCGUUUUGUUAGAGAGUGAGUCUUCUGUACUUAGUACUAUUAUUUAUUCUGUGCCGUAACCGCAAACGGCGGACCAUUCAAAUAUAUGUAUAGAAGAUUAAAAUUCCUUAGACUCUAAUACUGGUCUCGAUCUAUUUGUAUGCAAGUUAGCUUUUUCUGUAGCGGACUGUACUGUGAACUCCCAAGUCGACACGCGCCGCAGGCCUAUUGGUUACAGUAGGUUAUAGUUGCCUAAGACUAUUCCCUUUACCACGCUACGCAAUUAAACACAUUAUAAAUUAAUAAAAUAAAAAUAUACAUUCAAUUAUUGAUAUGGCAAAAAUAAUCACAUUUAAUAUAAUGUGAUGUAGGCAAAAUAUAAAGAAAAUUUGACCUAUUUUGCCGUUUUCGUGUACAUAUAGCCCUAUCUAUAUCCGUUCCUAUGUAUAAUUAAUUGCGUUGCGUUCUUAGGAAAUAGACUCUCCUAUUAUAUUUCUUAUUAGUGAGGCAAAUUCACGUUAACUGUAAUGUGUGAAUUAACGUCAACAACCAUAUAAAACUACUUCUAUUUUUUGUAUAUCACGGUCACGUCAAUUUGCCACAGAUAAGAAAUACGAAUUAACCUUUUGAACGCUUCACCUCAUAAUCAGAAACGUCACUCACACGCCAAGGUCAUGGGCGCAAGCGAGCUAAUGUAAAUUGUAAACCUUACUUGAAAGUGUGAAGGUUACUUUGACAGCGUAUACCAUAACACUUGGUUGUCCCCAUGGACAGGACUACGACGCCUUUAGGUGUCCUUGGCGUUCAAAAGGUUAAAAAUAAAUCUAUCGUAACCUGACAGCGAUCCAGAUGUAACUAUAGAUAUUGAAUGUACAUAGCUAUCUUGACUAAUCCCUUCUCUACACUAAUCUGGGUCGCGGUCGGCCAAUGAUCGAUUUAGCCAAAGAAUUAUUAAUAGUAAAAGACGAAGUUUAAGAAAAUAUCGUGGUCUCUAGUUUGACAGCUAAAUAGAUGGCGCUGUAUUGUGCCCAUGAAUCUAGUAUUAAACUGGAUUGGACAUGAGUGGUGGGGAUAACUGACAGAACGGGAUAGUCUUACGUAUCUUUCAGCAGGAGUAGCAGAGAAAGCGCUAUGUUUGUCCUUAUCACAGUCUCACAUAUUUUUUGUUCCCCACCUUUUUUUUUGUAUGGGUAAUGGUGGGCAACAAAUAAAUUCGAAAUCGCAGUGUCGCAUUUGCGUAUGUUUUGUCCCUCACGGAGGCACGCGUAUACCACUUCUAUACGAUCCUACCUUCUAUGAUUGUGCCGUAUUAUUUGUGGUUGCUGGAUUGUCAAAUAUUUUUGACAGCUGUCAAAUUUGAAGCACGAAUUUUUCUUGGACGAGAAAUCUUAUACAAUCAAUGAUUCUAUUAAUUUAGCCUAGGUUAUUGAGGUCCGUUAGUAAAAUGACUAAUAUGAGAAUCCCAUAUAAUUGACGGAUAUUUAAUUUUACUGACCAGUCUACACUUUACAUCAAUAAAAGUGGGUAUAUUUUAUACACUAAUGUACAAAAUAUAUCGUUUUAUUGUGACUAACUCUUUCGCUCCUUUACUGAACUAAUUUCAUAAUUAAACAGUGCUCAGUCUAAAACGUGAACCUAAAGACUGUUUGAGAAAUUAACAAACAAUGUUAAAUAAGUUACAAAAAUAUGACAUAUACAGUGGCACUUACGUCGCGUAGCACAGCUUCCGAGCGUCGUUAAUAAUAGCGUAAGCGCCAACCGCCAUAGGGUACAUUUACCCGUGGAACGUCACAAAUAUGUAUUUCAGAUUGGGCGAAUUUUUAUUACUGGGCAUUUGAGUUUCAUUUUAGAAUUUAAAUAAAUUAGUUCUUUAAAGGAAAGGAGGAAAAAUAUGUAAAGGUGUAUAAAAACCACACAAUCAAUCACUGGAUAAAUAAAAUUCGGUUACUAUCCAGCUUAAAAUACUUGACCGUGAUCUUAUUGAUUGGUUUGACAAUAUUGUGAUCCAUAAUGUCAAUCGUGUAAUCAUAAAUACGCGUAACACCGCCACGUUUAUUAUUAUUACUAACAUGUUAUUUCUCGGGCGGGAAACGACCAGCUAUAUUAAAUGUUCUUGUCAUAGGGUUAUUGUUACACUGUGUGCCCAUUUGAGCGGGACGUCAGGUGGGGACGCAGCUUAAAAGGGCCCACAGAUUAUCAGUCCGCCGGACGAUAUCAGCCUGUCGGUUGUUGCAAGCUGUCAAAUUUUGCGUGUAACUGACAGGCCGAUAUCGUCCGGCGGACUGGUAAUCAGUGGGCCUCUUUAGUCGUACGUGCUUGUACUAAUGGAGUCAAACGAAUUGUGAUAUAUGCUGACCUAAAUUAAGAAUAAAAUGUUGAAACUUCUGCCACGUGUGAGUUUGUUUUUGUAAUUAAAUAAUUGAGAAAAAAAUGUGAAAAAAAAAUUACUCUAAAAAUGUAACUUUUAGUUUUGACCGUCACGGAAUUUAUGUGAAAUAUGAAUGGAUAGAACUUUUUUUUAAUGUUUGUGCCAGAAUGAUAUUAAAAAUUGUGAAUGACAUAUAAAUGACAUUUGUUUCUAUGCUAGCUAAAGCUACCUAAAGGUGAUGGAAUCUUAAUUUUUGGUUUAUUUUGAAUCCUGAUAUGUUUUUAAAUCAGGUAUUUUCAUAAUUUUACUAAAGGUUUAAAUGAUAUUGCUAACUUUAACGGGUACUUUCUGUUGGUCUCAUAGAAUUUAACAAAAUGUACUUUUCAAGGUGCGAAAAGAAAUUUAAUACAACACUGGAAAACCAGAUAUUAAAACACAGAUUUUAUAAGUCUAAUAAUAAGGUUUUAAUUUCAAUUCUUGCAAAUAAAGAUGUCCGUGUGACGGUCAAAAUACUAACGGUACUAUAUUUCGUGCUAGAUCUCUCGGUUUCUGUAAUUCAUGUAACAUAUGUUGUGUAACACUAGAUUAUUAUGCUUAUACAUGUUCAUUUGUCAAAUGUACUGCUAUAUUCACGUGGGUCGUGGUUUAUAUAAAAUCAACCGUAUCAUUUAACAUAUACGGUUCAUUUUUGGUAUACUUAAGGCUCGAGUUUUGAGCCCGAUGCGUUCAUCCCAAUUUUGACGUUGAACCAAAAGAAUAGGAAUAUAUUUUUUGUAAUAAUAAUAUUAAUACUUUAUUUAAUGGCCUUUUAUUACUAUAAUAAUAGUCAGGUUUGGUGUUAGAAUUGGAAUGAUCGCGAAUAGGUGCAUAUCGAUAUUGUUGGUGUCAAUAAUAUUGAUAUCAUUAUUGAAUGUGUUUAGGGCCCGUUUGGGUGUGCCAGAUAAUUUGAUUUUUUUUCUAGAUUAUUAUUAAGUUUAUAGAUAAUUUUUAUUUGGGUAAAUAAUUUUGGCUGAUUUCGAAAAUAAAUAUUUAUAAUGCGAAAGCGAAA